AGAUAGUGGCUCCACUGACCCAGCCUAUAGAGUCAGGACGUGAGCUCUGACAGACUAUUGUUCAACCACCGGAGUAUGACAGGAAGCAAUUACACACAUUCAAAGAGUUUGGCUCACUGUGCAUGUGCUGCACAGGAGAAUUUCUUUGGAUUUUGCGGAAGAGGAACCGUUUUAUUCACCGGACUGAUUUAUGAUGACUGCGUCUGCACGGCUCGGUCUGAUGGGAUGGCUGACUCUGACUGUGGUGCUUGCUUCGGAUUUGGGCCCAAACCAGAACAUGGAGUUCACGUUUAUGUUACCUGCAGGCGGCACGGAGUGUUUUUACCAAACAACCACGAGAAGCGACACCAUGGAAGUAGAGUACCAGGUGAUCGCAGGAUCCGGUCUGGAUGUUGGCUUUGCCUUAAUCUCACCAAGCGGGUACCGUUUGGUCUCUGAGUUCAGGACAUCUGACGGCAUCCACAUGGUGGACACCACAGAAUCGGGAGACUACAGGUUAUGCUUUGACAACAGCUUCAGUAAGAUGUCGGAGAAGAUGGUGUUUUUCAAAGUCAUAAUUAACAGCCAGAGCAACACAGCUGGAGGCCAGGAGGAGUGGGCAGACAUCGCCGUGUCUGAAAGCGUGGUGGACUACAGGCUCGACGAAAUCAGGGAGAAAAUGGACUCCGUGUACCGGCGCUUGGAGAGGAGCCGUCAGGUCCAGACUGUGCUGAAGGCCUUUGAGGCCAGGGACCGCUACCUGUUAGAGGACAACCUGUGGCGAGUGUCCUUCUGGUCCUGCCUGAACGUGAUUGUGAUGCUCGGUGUAGCCAUCACUCAGAUUUAUACCCUGAGACGUCUCUUUGACGACACCAAGCGGGUCUGCACAUGACAGAACCACCUCAUUACUUGAAUCCCUCACAGGAUACCGUGACAGCUAUUGACAAUAAGCUGAAUUUAGAGAAAACUGUCUUGUAAAUGUUUUGAUAUUCCAUUGAAGCAUGACCUACAGAUAAUGUGCAGAGGCAGCAAAUUUUGCUUCCCGCAGUGAUGUCAGCUGUCUGUAAAGUAAUAUCAGUCUCUCCAUAGAGCUUGAAGCCAGGGAAAUAUUGAAGUGCUCUUGAACUUUUGAUCGGUUGCUAUGCGUCCUGUGGUUCAGGAACUGAGACGGUUGUAACUCAUGUCCCAGAUACUUCCCUGUGUGGCAAUACUUGAAGCUCAGACCACAAUCAAGCAUCUGGUGACUGUCUCACAAAUUAUUGAAUGCAUUUUUUUUUAACCACACUUUCUGCCACACGUCUCUAUUUCACUCCACUUCCCAUUAAUAAGCGAGGACCCAGCACCCAGCAGAAGAACCAGCAACGACAUCUUGUGGCUUCCCUAUGAUUGUUUAGGAUACACAAUGGUCAUCAUAUAACAUUUAUAUUAUCUAAGAACCAGAUUUAAUGAAAAACUGGAUUUUGGGUUUCUAUUAACGUUAAAUUAUAUUAAUGACACUUGUAAUAAAUGAGUCUGUGCAACUAAUCUAGAAGUUACACUUGUAAGUACUCACCAUAGAUGCAUGUGGACAGAUAUGCUGAGAGAUUAAAAGAUGCAUCUGAGAAAUAC